AUGCACGAUGAGUUCCGCUUCCCCCCAGGCGACGUCUCGACGCCGCCAACCGAUGCUAAUGUAGGCGGAGACGAUGUUACGACCGUCUCUUCUAGCAUCGCGGGACUUUUCCGCACCGUUGGGGCGCACGAUGGCGACUUUGUCGUUUUUCAAGAGGUGGUGAAUGGCAGGCUGAGAGCUCUCAUUUACCGUGAUCUAAACAGUAUUGGCCUGUCAGAAGAAGAUCUAGAGCCUUUCAGUGCGACCGAAUUUGUCAGUGGCAGCGAUAGCAGUGGCGAACCCGACGCCUGCUUCAUGCCGUCGGUGCGCGGUUCGGAUCCGAACGGGUGGCCCACACUGGUGAUUGAGACCGGCGUCACGCAGUUGCUACGGAGCCUGCACAGGAAAAUGCGUUGGUGGUUUGCGGCCUCCAACCACACCGUCGAAAUCGUUUUGCUGGUCAAAGUGUCGCGAGCCUCGCGGACGCUUCUUCUAGAGAAGCACAUUAAGGGUGUUUCACAAACGCUACGGCAGGUCGUUACCAUCGCGCCGCAUCCCAGCAGCAAUCCCGUCAUGCACGACGUGAUGGACGGGCCUUUAAUUUUGGAGUUCUCCCUGCUGUUUCUUCAGCCGGCAGACCCGGCGCGGGGGGGAGCGGGAUGUUGUGGUGGACGUCGCCCGGCUUUCAAAGCUAGCCGAGCGGGUCUGGGCCCGGUCGUAAGCCGGUUGCUGGCACGGGGGUACUGA